AUGGCGGAAGAUAACUACACGUGGGAAGAAGGGGAUUUCGAGGAGGAAGAUGUCGACGAAACGAGCUUCCGAUCGGUCAAAGAUGCUGUCCUUUUCGCAAUCGAUGUGAGCAGCUCAAUGCUUACGCCCCGACCAUCAAACGAUCCCAAGAAACCCGGCGCAGAAUCACCGGCGUCUGCUGCCCUCAAAUGCGCAUACCAUUUAAUGCAGCAGCGCAUCAUCUCGAACCCAAAUGACAUGAUCGGCGUCUUGCUCUAUGGGACUGAAUCAUCAAAGUUCUACGAAGAAUAUGGAGAGAAUCGUGAAGAUCUAUCCUAUCCCCAUUGUUAUCUGUUUACCGAUCUUGAUAUCCCCUCCGCCGACGAAGUAAAGGCGCUGCGAGCUGUGGCCGAAGAUGAGGAAGAAGCGAACAAAAUUCUCCAGCCAUCAAACGAGCGCGUGCCAAUGUCUAAUGUGUUAUUCUGUGCCAACCAGAUUUUCACUUCCAAAGCUCCAAACUUCCUCUCCCGGCGACUUUUCAUCGUGACGGAUAAUGACAACCCCCACGCCGACAACAAGUCUUUCCGAUCAGCUUCGACUGUUCGCGCAAGAGACUUGUACGAUCUUGGUGUAACCAUUGAACUUUUUCCCAUAUCGAGGCCGGACCAUGUAUUCGAUACCUCCAAGUUCUACGAUGAUAUCAUCUACAAAACAGCGCCCAGUGACGGCGAGGCUCCGGCCUACCUUCAUCCUGAUACAAACACCUCAACUGCCAAAGGCGACGGCAUCUCGUUGCUCAACUCACUUUUGUCCAGCAUCAACUCGCGAUCUGUGCCCCGGCGGUCGCUCUUCACAAAUGUCCCAUUGGAGCUUGGCCCCGACUUCAAAAUCUCGGUGAAUGGAUACUUGUUGCUGAAGAAGCAAGAGCCAGCGCGGAGCUGCUACGUUUGGCUGGGCGGAGAGACCCCGCAGAUCGCCAAGGGUAUCACCACCCAAAUGGCGGAAGAUACGGCUCAAACUGUGGAAAAAUCAGAAAUCCGCAAGGCGUACAAAUUUGGAGGUGAACAAGUCUCAUUCACGACUGAGGAACAACAAGCCCUAAGGUACUUUGGGAGUCCCAUCAUCCGAAUCAUUGGUUUCAGGCCGCUUUCUGCCUUGCCCAUCUGGGCCAAUGUGAAGCAUCCCUCCUUCAUUUACCCUACGGAGGAAGACUAUAUCGGCUCGACCCGUGUCUUUUCGGCCCUUCAACAAAAACUUCUUAAGGACCAAAAGCUGGCCUUGGUCUGGUUCAUCCCUCGCAAGAACGCAACACCCUGUCUGGCUGCUAUGAUCCCCGGUGAGGAAAAGGUUGAUGACAACGGUGUCCAGAAAAUCCCGCCUGGAAUGUGGAUUAUUCCUCUUCCAUUUGCCGAUGAUAUACGGCAGAAUCCAGAUUACCCCCGGCAUGAGCCAUCAGAAGAUCUGAUCGACGCGAUGCGUGACGUGACUGGGCAAUUGGAGCUUCCCAAAAAGUCAUACGAUGCUCAGAAGUAUCCAAACCCUUCUCUUCAAUGGCAUUAUCGCAUUUUGCAAGCUCUAGCACUGGACGAAGAUGUUCCUGAAACGCCAGAGGACAAAACCACGCCCAAGUAUCGACAGAUUGACAAGCGCGCGAGGGACUAUGUUCUGGCGUGGUCUGACCUAUUGAAUGAGGAAGCGAAAACAGCGUUUGGCGGAACAGCUGCUACUAAGUCGACCCUUGUCAAGCGCGGCCCAAAGGACCGGGCCGACAGUGCUGGAGAUGCUGCUGAUCCCCCCAAGAAGCGGGUGAAAACAGAGGGCGAUGCUGCCAGUUUAGACGACGAAAUCAAGAGGAGUUUUGAAAAAGGAACAGUUGCCAAGCUUACCAUGCCCAUGCUGAAAGAAUUUCUUACAAGCAAGGGCCGCUCCGCAGCUGGGAAGAAGGCUGAUCUGGUCGAUCGAGUGGAACAAUACUUUGAGCAGAAACUUUGA